UUUUAGCCCAGGUUCCUUCCAGUAGAUUAAUCCAGCCCUAAAUUUAACUCUUAAUGUGUGAUCCAAGCAGGUUGGAGGUUGAGUUAUUUUAGGACAAAGCUCUGUGAAUGCACAUGAAAACAAAUGCAGUGCAUAUGCAUACUGUGCUGUCUCAUUGCAUGAGGGAGCAAAACUGACAGCGACAGGUAACAUAAGCACGUAUUUUGAGCCGGGUGAUGACAAUAGGAGCUUCAGUUCCUUUGUGAUCUUUUACAGAGCGCCCAACCGUCUCAAAGCCUGCACACACUGAGCCGCUACAAACAGAUUACCAGCUCCACUAUUAGUGGGCCGCUGUGUCAGGUAGCUGUCAUCAGCGGUCGGGCGGCUGCUCUGUCAUUUUGUGGUCAUGUGACCUGCAGGUACGUCUGUCCCUGAAGGGAUCCCGGGAUGUGCAACAACAAGCUGUGUUUACAUCAGCUAAAUUUGUACUCCUGGAUAAAAAUAUUUGGAUGACCUGCCUCUUGUGGCUCAAAGUUGUCUCACAUUUACCAGCCGCAGCUAAAGAAGGGAUCCAGGUGCAAGAUGGGAAAUCUCUUAUUCAUCUAUUCUUUAUGCUUCUCCUCUUUUUUUGUGCUCUGUUGCAAUGAAGGUGUUAAAGAACAGCUCAGUCGUAUUUCAACAAAAUCUGAUAAAAUCCAAAUACCCGAGGCAUGGCUCUUGAGGUAUCAAGGUCACAACACCUGAUACAGAAAGAUGACCAACCAUCUGAGUGACCAAAGAAACAAUGGUCGUAAUCACCGUUUUGGGAGCACAACAGGGCUGUGGUCGGUUUAGUUUUUGUGGAUAUAAGGCCAAUGAGUUUUAUAUGUGCCUGACAACUCCACCACAGAAAAAUAAACAUCAAGGGUCACAGUCUGGCCGGCUGUGGCAACCUGUGGCCGCUGUUCCUGAAAUGACAGCCCUCGCUUUCAGGGAAUGAGACUGCAAACAUCUGACAGCUGUUUCCGAUCAAUAAGGCAUUGCAGCUGAGUGGACAGCGAAGCAACGUGAGGCUUCAGGCAGGUGUGUUUGUCAAGUUUAAAAGGUGCUUGACGGAUUUGGCCUAAAUGGCCUAAAUGUCAUUAGGAUGAGUCUAGCUAGCUCAGCAGAGCCACAAAUUCACCUUUAUAGACCGAAUGUCAGGUGUGCUGUGGCAUCUAGCCCACCCGACAUCUGCAGUAACCCAGAGUUUGUGAUGUGUGAUCUGCAUAUUUGCUAACUGAAGACGUCCAGAUUAGACCCAAGUGUGUCUGCUGUGUGGGGCAGGUUGACAUCUGUGGUCCUAAUUGAGAGAAAAGUGACAGUCAUACCUAGACCUCACUUUCCCCGGGCACAUUCUCCAGCUCUUUUAGGACGGUCCAAGCCGGCUGAGAGACAUAAUUGCUCCUUCAUGACCCGGGUCUAUUGAAGGGUCUCCUACCAGUAAAAAAAAAUGCCUAAAACACCUCACCUAGGAGGAAUCCAGGAGGCAUCCUGGACAUACAUCACCUGAACCACCUCAGUAGGCUCCAAACAAGGCUGACUUUGAUAAAAGCCUAGUGAGAUGAACAUAGAUAGACAGCCAUGUUUAAGUGAAUGGACUUUGACUUAUUUUGAAACUGACUGGUUUUGGUGCACAUUAAAAUAAUGUUAAUUAGAUAAUGCUUCAAGGUAAGUGCCAAAACAAAUGCCAGGGGUUUCAGGCUGGCUACCUUUGGAGGUUGAAGAAAGUCUUAAACUUAAGUGGUUUGCUCUUGUAAAAAAAAAGAAAACAAAUAGAAAAAGUAAAAAAAAAAAUUCGACCAUGCACAAAUUAAUAUCUGUAUUUUUUGAUACAGAUGAAUAAUUCAGUUGAAUGGCUAUAUCACCGCCCACCAGCAGGAGGCAGUAGAGUUCAAACUGUGUGAACAUUCAGCACCCGGAAAAGCUUCAUUCUGGUUAGACGCAUGAGCUUACUCUGUAUGAACCAGGUUUGGUUUUAUUAAUAAAAACUCUGGACAGUUUUUUCUACGUUUCUUCGCACCAUCAUGUCUUCAAAAAGCUGCAGCAGUGACGAGCAGUUUGAAGGACAGGCCGCAGUAAAAGAAGAACUGAACAAGAAGAUUAAAGAGCAGAAGGUUCUUGUGGACGAGCUCUGCAAUCUGAAGAAAAACAGGAAAGUCUACAUCCAGCAGAGGAACAGUAACAUCUUCUUCGUGGGAGAGAGAAGUCAGACACUCACUUCGUGCAAAAAGGAGCUUGAUUAUAUGAAAAAGGAACUUCAGGAUAUCUGAGGCCACAGCAACGCCGCGAUGUGUGGGAUCUUCUGUGCGCUGAGUCUGG